CGGCAUUUCGGUAACCUAACCAGUAUUAUUUGUUUACGCAGGUUAUGGCAAAUUAUUUGAUACAUUUCUAAAAGAACCUUUUUGUUUAUCUGCAGUAUUAAAAUUUUUUGCUGCCAUUACAAGUGCCUUAUCAAAAUAAUUUCAAGAAAUAUUAUACAGUAAUAAACAUUGUCGAGUGAAUUUUUUUACUUUAUAUUGUCAAAUUGUACAAUUACGAUGGACAAGAACGACAAAUUGCAAAUAUUAAAAAAUGCUAUAAAAAGUUAUCCCGACUUUCCCGAGCCUGGAAUUAUUUUCCGAGAUAUAUUUGGUGUGUUUCACAAUAUCGUAGCAUUACGAGCAAUGAAAGAUUUAAUUGUGGAGCACAUUUUAUUCCUUGAAGUCGAUUUAAUUGUAGGAUUAGAUUCACGUGGCUUCCUUUUUGGUCCUAUAAUUUGCAUGGAAUUGGGCAAGCCUUUUUUACCUAUUAGAAAAAAGGGUAAACUUCCAGGCAAAGUUACUCAACAGAAAUACGUAUUGGAAUAUGGAGAGGCUACAUUUGAAUUACAAACAGAAUUCAUCAAAAAAGAUAUCAGAGUGCUAAUUGUCGAUGAUUUACUGGCAACUGGAGGUACCAUGGCUGCAGCAGUGCAAUUACUAAAAUCAGUAGGUGCUGAUGUAAUUGAAUGCUUGGUAAUAAUGGAAUUGACUUUAUUGAAGGGUCGAGAUAAGCUAGGUGCUCCCGUUCAUUCCUUCAUACAAUAUGAUCAUUAAUAAAUAAUUUGUAAUAUUUGCAAGUACAAAUACUUGGUUUAUAGACAAAAUCAAAUAUAUAAAAUUGUAUGCUUUUAACAAUGCAAUAAGAUGCAUUAAUAUUAUACAUUCCACAUUAAAAUAAAAUAUUUUUCUAUACA